CACCCAGUAUAUCACAUGAAAUUCUAUCAUUUCUCUGCCCUCGCCACAGACACUUUAAGAUCCCCGCGCAGUCGACGCCAACGCACAACGUCACAGUCACAAACUUCCCGCAGUGGAGAACCCAUCCUAAGGGGUAGAAGACGCACAAUUUACACUGCCGGACGACCGCCGUGGUACGACUGCCAGGGACAGCUGGUUGAACCGUUUGUUAUAGAAAAGAAAAAGAUAUGUGAUUAAGACUUAGAUGGAAAAUAUGAUUAUUUGGUAUUUUGUUUGUCUCUAGUGAAUGAAUAUGAUAAGGAUAUGUUUUUAAUAAAAUUGUUGAUUGUGCAGAGGACUAAAUGUUUAAAUAUGUGGUUUUAGGCUGCUUGUAUAAAUCUUUCACCGAGUAUCAUUACUUCGUGAAGGUUUGUAGGAAAAUUACUAAAAAUUUAAAAAUCACUUCCAGCCCAAGAAUUCAAAAUGAAAAAAA